AUGGAAAGUGAACCAACCGAAUUAUUUGGCUAUGAGUUGUGGGUGGACCAAUACAUUAAAGCACGCCAACCAACUGAAUUACAACUAAAACAAGAGUCGGACGAAGCCGCGCGAGAGUAUACACGUGGUCUUUUUGAAAGAAAAAACAAACUUCGAAAUUACAGGGAACAAGCAAGAGGCACAGACUCUGAUGGGAUGAAGGAAGUGAUCAAAAGAGACUAUGUGUAUGAUGUAAAUAGAAACUAUCGUGAUCCUGAAAUUGCACAAGCGAUGCGUCAAGUUCGGAAAGAAAAAAAGACUAUUAUAUUCCCGUAUGCCGCCCCAACAUCGCAACGAGACAUUAGAAGUGCCAAGAAGUUGAGAACAAAAAUUAACAGGGAGAAUCGUCUCCUUAAAAAGAAACGUAUACAAGCAAAGUAUUUAAAUGAAAUGGAACAAAUGAAUUCUGACUCCGAUUCAGAGUAA